AUGCUCCUAUCUAUCUAUCCUAUUUGUUCUAUCUAUCUAUCUAUCUAUCUAUCUAUCUAUCUAUCACAGUCUGUUCGUACCUAUCUAUCCAUCCCAGACUGUCCGUAUCAUAUCUAUCUAUCUAUCUAUCUAUCUAUCUAUCUAUCUAUCUAUCUAUCACAGUCUGUUCGCAUCUAUCGAUUGUUCGCAUCUAUCUAUCUAUCUAUCUAUCUAUCUAUCUAUCUAUCUCAGUCUUUUCAUAUCCAUCUAUCUAUCUAUCUAUCUAUCUAUCACAGUCUGUUCGUACUAUCUAUCUAUCCCAGACUAUCAUAUCUAUCUAUCUAUCUAUCUAUCUAUCUAUCUAUCAAAUGUUUCUAUGUUUGUUCGUAUCUAUCUAUCUAUCUAUCUAUCUAUCUAUCUAUCUAUCUAUCUAUCUAUCUCAGUCUAUUCAUAUCUAUCUAUCUAUCUAUCUAUCUAUCUCCCACUUUUUUUCCUAAACUCUCUCUCUCUCUCUCUCUCAUUAUCUCUUCCUGUCUGUCUCUCUCUUUCUCUCUCACGCUUUUUUUCUUCUUUUAUCUAUCUAUCUAUCUAUCUAUCUAUCUAUCUAUCUAUCUCCCUGUCUGUUCCCAGCUGGGUAUUUCAAUCUUUUCCUAUCAUUCUAAAUUUUUUCCUAUCUAUCUAUCUAUCUAUCUAUCUAUCUAUCUAUCUAUCUAUCCUGUCUCCUUUUCAUAUCUAUCUCUGUUCAUAUCUACUUAUCUAUACAUACAUACAUAUUCAUAUUUGUUCAUAUCUAUCUAUCUAUCUCAGUCUGAUCAUAUCUAUCUCAGUCUGAUCAUAUCUAUCUAUCUAUCUAUCUAUCUAUCAAUCUAUCUAUCUAUCUAUCUAUCUAUCUCACCUUUUCAUAUCUAUCUCUGUUCAUAUCUAUUUAUCUUAGUCUGUUCAUAUCUAUCUAUUCUAUCUACCUAUCUAUACAUACAUACAUACAUAUUCAUAUUUGUUCAUAUCUAUCUAUCUCAGUCUGAUCAUAUUUAUCUCAGUCUGAUCAUAUCUAUCUAUCUAUCUAUCUAUCUAUCUAUCUAUCUAUCUAUCUCAGCCGUUCUUUUUAUCCGUUGGCAACAAAGUUCUGCAAUGUCUCCAUCCUUGUUGCCCGAGUCGAUGAUCGUUGGAGUCAUUAACUAUUAUUUUGACAAGAAUAAACGCAAGGUGCGUGUAUACGAAGGUAAAAGAGAGCUUGAACCAAUGUGCGUUCUUUCAUCUAAUAUCUCCCAGACCGCCUCACCCCCACCCAUUUUCUGUCGAUUCCUCUGUUUCUUGUUCUCUAUCUUUCUUUUUUUCUUUCUCUCGCCGAUUUUUACCUUAUAUUUUUGUACGAUAACAAUUUUUAUAACUUGA